CUGAGGCUCUGUGGCGUGGAAAUGACGUCCAAACGCAAGUUCAGGCGAGUCAGCCAAUAAAAGAUGAACUGUCCCUGCAUUGUGCCAAGGAGCCAACAGGAGAAAGGGACAGAGCUUAGGAAGCGGUAGAGCAGAGACACCUUCACAGGACUCACAUCGCGGUCUGUUUAGGGACUGAGGAGGGAAAUAACGCAGCUGCAGCAUUACUUUAAGCCCCAGCACAGAGGGGAGGACAAAAUCACACACCCCUCCGGUCUGAAUUUCCUCCGGAGCUGCGUGGGGGGGACACAUCAAUGUGAUCGAGACUCAGGGACCCUCAGGUGCAGAGAAACCAAACUGGCGGGGCUCUUAGGAUGCAGAAGUCACCGGUGGAAGAUGCAAACUUCUUCUCUAGAUUUGUCUUUUGGUGGAUAUCUCCUCUACUGAGGAAAGGUUUCACUAAGAAGUUGGAGCUGACUGAUGUCUACAAGGCUCCCUCGUUUGAUCUGGCAGACACCCUCUCCGAGAGACUUGAAAGGGAAUGGGACAAAGAGGUGGUGCUGGCCAAAGGCAGGCCCAAGCUGCUGAAAGCACUGGCGCGAUGCUUUUUCCUCCCGUUUGCCUUCUUCGGUGUCCUCCUCUACUUCGGGGAGGCGUCCAAGACUGUGCAGCCUCAGCUUUCAGGUCGCAUCAUUGCUUCCUUUGACCCCUUCCAUGCUCCGGAGCGAAGUCAGGGGUACUACCUGGCCCUGGGGCUUGGCCUCCUCUUCACUGCUCGCUUCAUCCUGCUGCAGCCCGCCCUCUACGGCCUGCAUCACCUCGGCAUGCAGAUUCGCAUUGCCCUCUUUAGCCUCAUAUACAAAAAGACACUCAAGCUGUCCAGUAGGGUGUUGGAUAAGAUCAGCACCGGGCAGCUCGUCAGUCUCAUGUCUGCCCACCUCAACAAGCUGGAUGAGAGCCUCGGUCUAGCACACUUUGUGUGGAUCACUCCUCUGCAGUGUAUCCUGUGUACUGGUUUGAUCUGGGAGCUGAUCGAGGUGAACGGCUUCUGUGCCCUGGCAGCUCUCACUCUUCUGGGCAUUCUCCAAGCGUGGCUGUCCUUGAAGAUGGGACCUCCUAGGGCAAAACGUGCCGGGCUCAUAAACCGACGUCUGGCUCUUACUUCUGAGAUUGUGGAGAACAUUCACUCGGUAAAGGCGUAUGGCUGGGAGGAAGUGAUGGAAACCAUCAUCAAAAACAUCAGACAGGAUGAAAUGACUUUAACCAGAAAGAUUGGCUCUCUGCGCUAUUUCUACAGUGCUUCAUAUUUUUUCUCUGCCAUACUGGUUAUCAUAUCGGCCAUCGUUCCGCAUGCACUCAGUAACGGCAUCAUACUGCGGCGGAUUUUCACCACAGCGUCAUACUGCGUCGUGCUACGCAUGACGCUCACCCGCCAGCUGCCAGGCUCCAUCCAGAUGUGGUACGACACAUUGGCACUGGUCCAGAAGAUCGAGGAUUUCCUGCUUAAGGAAGAAUACCAAGUAAUGGAUUACAGCUUGACCACGGUUGGAUUGGAGCUGAUCAAUGUCUCUGCAUCCUGGGAUGAGGGUAUUGUUGAGCUCUUUGAGAAGAUCAAGCGGGAGAACAAAGCAAAUGGACACAUGACCGGUGACGAUGGACUGUUCUUCACUAACUUAUACAUCACACCUGUCCUCAAAAACAUCAACCUACGCUUAGAGGAAGGCAUGAUGCUCGGAGUGGCUGGAUCUACUGGGUCUGGAAAGAGUUCCCUCCUCAUGAUGAUCCUGGGAGAGCUGGUGCCAUCAGAGGGCAAAAUUAGACACAGUGGUCGGGUUUCGUAUUCACCGCAGACUUCUUGGAUAAUGCCAGGGACCAUUCGUGACAACAUCCUUUUCGGCCUAACUUAUGACGAAUUUCGCUACACUUCCAUCAUUAAGGCCUGCCAGCUGGAAGAGGAUUUUGACUUGCUGCCUGAGAAAGAUAAGACGCCCAUUGCUGAGGGAGGAGUUACCCUUAGUGGGGGUCAAAGAGCAAGGAUCUGCCUCGCCAGGGCGGUAUAUAAAGAUGCAGACCUGUACCUGCUCGAUGCACCUUUCACCCACCUGGACAUUGCAACAGAGAAAGAGAUCUUUGACAAAUGUGUCUGUAAACUGAUGGCCUCCAAGACUCGCGUUGUGGUCACCAGCAAGUUGGAGCACCUGAAGCGGGCGGAUCGAAUCCUUCUGUUGCACAACGGAGACUGCUACUUCUACGGGACCUUCUCAGAGCUUCAAGCGCAGCGGCCAGACUUCAGCUCCCUGCUGCUUGGUCUCGAAGCUUACGACAACAUCAACGCGGAGCGGCGCAGCUCCAUUCUCACGGAAACUCUUCGCAGAGUCUCUGUGGAUGAAACGGCAAAUUUCCGAGGCCCAGACCCCAAUCACCAGUCCUUCCGCCAUGCGCCAUCUCACAGCCACGCCAUGGGCGAUGGCUAUCCCGAAAAACGCAAGCCAUCGCUCAUCCUCAACCCUCUCGCAGCUGCCCGCAAGUUUUCAUUCAUCGGGAACUCCCAGCAGAAUAACUUCCAGUCCACAUCCAUGGACGAUGGGGUGCAUGAACUUUCAGAGAGAAGAUUCUCAGUGGUGCCUGAGGAUGAUCAGGUAGAGGAGGUGCUCCCGCGGAGUGACAUGUAUCACCACGGGCUGCAGCACCUCAACGGCAGGCGCCAGUCUGUUCUGGCGUUCAUCACCAAUGCUCAGGGUCAGGAGCGCAGAGAGCAGAUGCAGUCGUCCUUCAGAAAAAAGUUGUCCAUCACCCCACAGUGCAAUCUGGCGUCCGAGCUGGACAUCUACGCCCGGCGCUUGUCCAAGGACAGCGUGUUUGACAUAAGUGAGGAAGUGGAUGAAGAAGACAUGGAGGAAUGCUUUGCAGAUGAACGUGAGAAGAUAUUUGAAACUACCUCAUGGAAUACUUAUCUACGCUACAUUUCCACCAAUAGGAGUUUAAUCUAUGUCCUAAUUUUCAUUGUGAUUGUCUUUGUCAUUGAGGUUGCUGGUUGUGUCAUUGGCAUUUUUAUCAUUACUGAUGAGAUAUGGAGGGAUGGUGCCAACCCGAAUUCACCAAACUACAUUGAUGAGCAGCACCCUAAUGCAUCAUCGCCUCCUGUCCACCUCGCCGUCAUAGUCACACCAACCAGCGCCUACUACAUCAUCUACAUAUUCUUUGCUCACUCAGACAGCAUACUGGCCCUUGGAGUCUUCAGGGGUCUCCCUUUAGUCCACACGUUGCUCACUGUGUCUAAAAGACUUCAUGAACAGAUGCUUAGCUCUGUGCUACGGGCUCCCAUGUCUGUUCUUAACACCAUGAAAACAGGCCGGAUAAUGAACAGAUUCACCAAGGAUAUGGCCGUCAUUGAUGACAUGCUACCUCUAGUGCUGUUUGACCUCAUACAGUUAACUUUACUUGUCAUUGGGUGCAUCUUCACUGUGUCCAUCAUGAGACCAUACAUCUUUAUAUCUGCAAUUCCGCUGGCUGUUAUCUUUGUGGUCAUCAGGAAGUACUUCUUACGAACAGGACAACAACUCAAACAGCUAGAGGCUGAAGCUCGUAGUCCCAUCUUCUCUCACCUCAUCAUUUCACUGAAGGGUUUAUGGACAAUUCGAGCUUUUGGACGUCAGACUUACUUCGAGACACUAUUCCACAAAGCUCUGAACACUCACACAGCCACCUGGUUCCACUAUUUGUCCUCGCUGAGAUGGUUCCUGUUCCGCUGCGAUGUGAUCUUUGUGCUGUUUUUCACCGUCGCUGCCUUCAUUGCCGUAGGAACCAACAAGGACAGACCUGGAGAGAUUGGCAUCAUUGUGGCCCUGGCCAUGCUCAUACUGGGCACUUUCCAAUGGGCUAUCAUCACCAGUAUCAAUGUGGACGGCCUGAUGCGUUCAGUGGACCGAGUGUUCAAAUUCAUCGACUUAGCAUCAGAAGAGACCUUCCAAGGAAAGCCUGGAGGAAAAGGAGGUUCUGAUCUUGUCAUCAACAACCCAAGCGCGUACAGCUACUGGCCUAACCGCGGCCAGCUGGAUGUCCAGGGUCUCACCGUCAAAUACACAGAAGCUGGGCGGGCCGUGCUCAACGAUAUCUCCUUUGCUGUGGAGGGGGGUCAGAGUGUGGGUCUGCUGGGUCGGACCGGGUCUGGGAAGAGUACCCUGCUGUCCGCUCUGCUGCGCCUCGCCUACACCGAAGGGGAAAUGUACAUCGACGGAGUUUCUUCCAGCUCCAUGUCCUUGCAAACAUGGAGGAAGGCCUUUGGAGUGGUGCCGCAGAAAGUCUUCAUUCUGACUGGAACCUUCCGGAUGAACCUGGACCCGUACGGCCGUUACAGUGAUGAUGAGCUGUGGCGGGUGGCUGAGGAGGUUGGGUUGAAGUCGGUCAUCGAGCAGUUCCCCGAUAAGCUGGACUUUGAGCUGAAGGAUGGCGGCAGCGUUCUGAGCAACGGUCACAAACAGCUGAUGUGUCUGGCCCGCUCCAUCCUCAGCAAGGCCCGCAUCCUGCUGCUGGACGAGCCGUCCUCCUACCUGGACCCCAUAACACUGCAGGUCCUGAGAAAAACGUUGAAGCAGUCGUUUUCCAACUACACCGUCAUCCUGUCCGAACACAAAGUGGAGCCGCUGCUGGAGUGCCAGUCGUUCCUGAUGAUUGAGAAGAGCUCUGUGAAAAGGUACGACACCAUUCAGAAACUUAUGAAUGAAAUGAGUCACCUAAAGCAGGCCAUCAGCCCCGCCGACAGGCUCCGCCUCUUCCCCACCCCCCAUCGCCUCAACUCCAUCAAGAGACCGCCACCUCAGACCACCAAGAUCUCGUCGCUACCAGAGGAAGCCGAGGACGAAAUCCAGGACACACGGCUCUAAGCAGCCAGCCGCGCGCCGCACGAACACGACCCAGAGUCUGAUCCGGCCUGCAGACAGAACCCAGUCAGAACGACCUGACUGGCUUCAAACAGAAUCACAAACAGAAGGAUUCAGCCAUAGAAUCAGUUUUAACUGAACAAAACAAAAAUAUUGAUUUUUACAUUUUUUUAAAUAAAGCCGCAUAUUUAAAUAGGAUAUUUUUUAAUGAUUAUAAACAUGUUUUUUUAAUUAUUAUUUUAGGUUUUUUAUAGAUGACGCUAGCACAAUGCAUGUAGCUGAAACAGUUUUACUGAAAGAAGCACAAUUCGAUCACUGUAAGACACAACAGCCAAUCUCAAAUGUCUGAAUUAUUAUGACAUUCAGAUUGAUGUCAGAAUUUCCUAAUACUUAUAAAUUACCCUUUUAAAUUUAAAUUGCACUGCUAAAUAUCUCUAGUGGGAUGCACCAAUAAAUGGGUCCUGAUUUCCUUCAUUUUGGGAGAUCGGUGAUCGGCCGAUACUGAUAUGUGAAGCUGAUCUUAUCUACCUUGGCAAAGGAAGAUUUUUUUUUUCAACCACUGGCCUUUUCUGCUCUACAGUGAGAGAGGUCUGACUGACUGACCGGCCCACCAGGUCACGUCAGCAUGUUUACGGUUAUCAAUAGUCACUGUUACCAACUCUGUGACUUUCCUGCUAUAUUUACCGACAAUUCAGGCAAAAAAAAAAAAAAUGGUACCAGCCAACAUUGGAAUCAGCAGGUCAGGCUUUUUAAAGAAAACUACAAUCGGUGCAUUCCUAAUUGCUAACGUUCAUCAACUUUUCUUGGUUUUGAUGAUUUUUUUUAAAUAGUUUUUUUAGUUUGUUUUUUUUAAAUCAAAGUAUAAAACAUAAAUCACUGACUGUAUGGCGUUACUCUACUGACAAUACACAGUAAUACAGCAGCUGUUUGAAUCGUUUGUCUGCAUAUGUUUGCAUAUCCAGGCUCAAUGUGAUCUUUUAGGUUAUAUGCAGAGUAAAUGUGAUGACGUCACACCCAGCUUGGUACGAAACACCUGCAAGGAAGGUUGAGAAAAGCUGACUGUGAAACGUGAACGAGGAUUUGUGUGAAGCAGUGAGUGGAGGAGCAGCAGGGAGGGAAAACAUCCUCCGUGUGACGGAGCGGAUGAAGUCCAUGUGGAAAUGCUUCAUACUCUGGAAUUCUUUGCUGUUCCUUCAAGUAAUUGAA